CGGAUGCGCUGCCAAUUCUUGGAAGGGCUCACUGAUGAAAAACCCCUGAGCCUGACCACCUGGAGGAAAGGCUCACCGUUCCCAUGUGUGAUAAGGGCCAGGAGAUUCCACAGGUCAGGUAGUUCCCCCGCCUCCCUGGCGUUUUGUGGUCACCAUUAAUCAUUUCCUCUAACUGUGUAUAUAAGAGCUCUUUUGCCAGUGAGCCCAGUGCUCAGAGAGAAAGGCUAAAGUCCUCAGGAGGAUGUGGCUGCAGAACCUGCUUUUCCUGGGCACUGUGGUCUGCAGCAUCUCUGCACCCACCAGCUUACCCAGACCUGUCACUCGACCCUCUCGGCACGUGGAUGCCAUCCAAGAGGCCCUGAGCCUUCUGAACAAAAGUAGUGAUGAGACUGCUGUGAUGAAUGAAUCAGUAAAAGUCGUCUCUGGAAUGUUUGACCGCCAGGAGCCGACAUGCCUGCAGACGCGCCUACAGCUGUACAGUGAAGGCCUACGGGGCAGCCUCAUCAGCCUCAAGCAACCCUUAAACCUGAUGGCCGACCACUACAAGGAGCACUGCCUUGAAACCCCGGAAACUCCCUGUGCAACCCAGACUAUCACCUUCAGGAAUUUCAAAGAAAACCUGAAGGAAUUUCUGUUCAACAUCCCCUUUGACUGCUGGCAGCCAGAAACAACAGAGGCCGGUCCAAACAGGAGCCAGCCCUGAGAGUGUAGUUCCCGAACCACUGCACUCCUACCCACGGACUGCUGAAACUCAGGAUCUUCAUCUUCGAGGGACCACAGGGCGGGCCAGGGCCGGGGUGAGGGGCACGGACUUGCUCUGGGCCAUGCUGCCCUUGUUACCAGCUUCGUAUAUGGGGAAUGGGGAACAUUGUACAUUGGCAGGGAUCAGUAAUAUUUAUUUAUAUAUUUAUGUAUUUUAAUAUUUAUUUAUUUAUUUAUUUAAGGACAUAUUCUCUAUUUAUUCAAGAUGUUUUGCCAUAAUAAUACAUUAUUAAAAGCCCAUUCUUAUUUG